AUGGCUGUCGCUUCGUUCGUCGAAGUCGGCCAUUGCAUUUGGCAGACAAAGGCGCGGCGCGUCGGCAAGCAUGUGACUAUUCUUGGAGGUGUGCAUGGCAACGAGCUCAGCGGCGUGCGCGUGAUCGAGCAGCUGAAAGAGCGCUGUCCGCCGUUGAUUGCGGGCUCGUUGACGCUGAUACUGGGCAACCCCAAGGCCAUCGAGGUUGGCGCCCGCGGCAGCACGCCACAUGCCGAUCUGAACCGCUGUUUCACGCUGGACGUCGAGACGUCGGCCCCACGUGGGCCCUUCCUGUACGAAGAGACGCGCGCUCGCGAACUUGCGCCGUACCUGCGCAGUAGCGACCUCAUGCUUGAUUUGCAUGCGACCAACAAGCCGUCCGAGCCCUUCUUCAAGCUCGCGGGCUCGCUCUCGCCGGUGCACUAUGACGUUUGCCGGUGGUUCCCGUGCGAUACCAUUUUGCAUGACGCGCAACACAAGCUGGCGGGAAAGGUCGCGCUCUCGGACGAGUUUGUCGGUGCCAGCGGAGGCGUCGGGCUCAUUUACGAGAGCGGGCUUGCGGCCGACACGUCGCAGGUUGCCGCGCUCACGCAGGCAGUGCUUGCAGUUCUGUCGCACGAAGCCAACAUCAUUGCAGCGCCCGUCGAUGAGGCUCCGCGGCCGCCCAAGCCGUCGACGAUCUAUCAAGUCACCGAGGUGUUUCGACUGCCACCAAGCGGGUUUUCGUGGCUCAAUAAUCACGGCGGCCACAACUUUGAGCGCGUGCCGGCGCGCGAGCCGAUUGGCCGCUUUGGCGAUGGCUCGUUACUCAGCGUCGACUAUGAAGCCUACAUUGUGUUUCCCAAGGUGCCAGCGCUGUGGAAGCUAGACGCACCGUUGGGUUGGUUGGCGAAGAAGGUUCACCAGGACUAAGGAAGAAAUCACCGUAUUCGGUCCA